UGCGCGAAGACGCACAGACGUUUUUGCGUGUACACGUGACUAGCGUGCACGGCUGGCGGCGCUGCUGCAAAUUGUGUCAAUUUUGUUUUGUUUUUUUUUGUACCUGUGGGAGGAAUCAUUCGGGUAGUGAGGUUCUUUUAUGCAGAUAUGGCUUCAGAUAUUCCUGGACCUGUAACUCUUCCAGGAGCUCAGAUGACCACAGGGCAGGUGAGAGUGACUGGGUCAAUGCCUGCUCGAGGAGGAAAGAGAAGAUCGGGAAUGGACUUUGACGAUGAAGAUGGAGAAGGACCUAGCAAAUUUUCAAGGUAUGAUGAUGAUGAUGAUGAUGAUGAUCAGAUCUCUGGUGAUAAGGAAAGAUAUGCAAGAGAAAAUCACAGUGAGAUUGAAAGGCGUCGUAGGAACAAGAUGACACAGUACAUUACAGAGCUUUCUGAUAUGGUACCAACUUGCAGUGCUUUGGCACGAAAACCUGACAAACUUACAAUUCUUCGUAUGGCAGUCUCUCACAUGAAGUCCAUGAGAGGAACAGGAAAUAAAUCCACAGAUGGUGCAUAUAAGCCUUCCUUUCUUACUGAACAGGAGCUGAAACAUCUGAUUCUAGAGGCUGCAGAUGGUUUUCUUUUUGUAGUCGCUGCUGAAACGGGUAGAGUGAUCUAUGUGUCUGAUUCAGUUACUCCAGUUUUGAACCAUCCACAAUCUGAGUGGUUUGGAAGUACGCUUUAUGAACAGGUUCAUCCCGAUGAUGUAGAGAAGCUGAGAGAACAAUUAUGCACAUCUGAGAACUCCAUGACUGGGCGUAUUCUGGAUUUAAAGACAGGAACAGUUAAAAAAGAAGGUCAGCAGUCCUCCAUGCGAAUGUGCAUGGGUUCUAGGCGUUCUUUUAUUUGUAGAAUGAGGUGUGGCAGUGCUCCAAUGGAUCACAUUUCUUUGAAUAGAUUAUCCAGCAUGCGUAAAAGAUACAGAAAUGGUCUGGGUCCCGUAAAAGAUGGGGAGGCGCAGUACUCUGUAGUACAUUGCACUGGAUACAUUAAAGCCUGGCCACCAGCAGGAAUGACCAUUCCUGAAGAAGAUGCAGAUGUGGGACAAGGAAGUAAAUAUUGCCUGGUUGCAAUAGGUAGACUUCAGGUUACCAGUUCUCCAAUGUCAAUGGACAUGAAUUCUCUCGCAGUACCUACUGAAUAUUUGUCUCGACAUAAUUCCGAUGGAGUCAUAACUUUUGUAGAUCCACGAUGUAUCACUGUGAUUGGUUACCAGCCUCAGGAUCUUCUAGGAAAAGAUAUUUUGGAGUUCUGCCAUCCUGAAGACCAGAGCCACCUCAGGGAAAGUUUCCAGCAGGUUGUUAAACUAAAAGGCCAAGUAUUGUCAGUGAUGUACCGCUUCCGCACCAAAGCCAGAGAAUGGAUGGUAAUCAGAACCAGCAGCUUCACAUUCCAGAACCCCUACUCAGAUGAAAUUGAAUAUAUCAUCUGUACCAACACAAAUGUCAAGCAACUUCAGCAACAACAAGCAGAGCUAGAAGUUCAUCAGAGAGAUGGCUUGUCUUCAUAUGAUGUGUCCCAGGUAGCUGUUUCAAACUUACCAGGUGGUGUUCACGAAUUGGGAAAAUCAGUUGAUAAAGGAGAUGCGUUGUUUUCUCAAGAUAGAGACCCCAGGUUUGCUGAGAUGUUUGCAGGGAUAGCAGCUGCAGAUAAGAAAAUGAUGACCUCUGCAUCAACAGCUGCAAAUCAGCAGCUGUACUCUCAAGGAAGUCCAUUCCAGUCUGGGAAAACAUUUAGCUCUCAAGUGGUUCAUGUUCCUGGUGUUAAUGAUAUUCAACCUUCGUCAUCUUCAGGCCAGAACCUAACACAGAUCUCUCGUCAGUUAAAUGCUAGUCAGGUAUCCUGGACAGGGAAUCGCCCACCUUUUUCUGGACAGCAAAUAUCUACACAGGCUAACAAGUCUCAGUCAUCACCAUUUGGGAUUGGAACCAGUCAUAACUAUCCUGCUGACCCUUCAUCUUAUAGUCCGCUGUCUAGUCCCACAACUUCAUCACCAAGUGGCAAUGCCUACUCUGGUCUGGCAAAUCGAAGUACUGCUUUUGCAGAAAGUGGACAAACUACUGGACAGUUUCAAGGCAGACCUUCCGAAGUGUGGUCUCAGUGGCAGAGCCAGCACCACAACCAGCAGAGCAAUGAGCAACAUUCUCACCAGCAACCAACUCAGACUGAAGUAUUUCAGGAUAUGUUGCCUAUGCCUGGAGAUCCAACACAGGGUACUGGCAAUUACAACAUUGAAGACUUUGCGGAUUUAGGCAUGUUUCCACCAUUUUCUGAAUAAGAGGAUAGGCAUGUUUUUGUUCUUGGUAAACCAUGAGAAAUCACAGUCCUUUUUCUCUUCUUGUCUGAGAAGAGAAGUUAAGUAGAUUGGUUUAAAUGUGGUUCGAACAUGCACAGUAUGACCCAUUCAGACUGAUAUUUAUCUCAGUGACUGGUCAGUGUAAAACUAAUGGAAUUAAUGAUUUUGGUGGAAGUAAGUGAGCUGGAAAACUUGCCUUUUUUAUUGAAAAAGAGCAAAUGUUCUUAAGCAUUCAUAUGAAUGUUUUUGGUGAAUUCUCACCUUCAAUCAUGUCUGUUUUUAAUUUAGUGUUGUUGCCACCUGCAGUGUAUGUUACCUUAGGUAUGCUGUCACUAACCUUCAGUACCUCAGAAAUGACUAACACUGCAGAUAAGCUUAUGUGUACUUUUGUACUUAAUUCACUGUGUCAUGAUGCACUACUGAUUCAGUGCCAUAUCUGAAUGUGAAGUAAUCAGUAUUAAAUAUCUAAAUGUAUUUUGCACAUGAAGAUUUAAAAUACAGUGUAAGCAGCAGAUGUUGAAGAUCCCCAAUCCAUGGGGCUAAUAAUCACGUAAUUCUAUCAUUUUAGCAAGGACACAUAUAUUGCAUUGCCGCCAUUUUAAGUGCAUGCUCAGCACUCAUUUUCAUUAACAGACACUACUAUUAAAAGUGCUGUGACUGAUUGCAAAUUAUUGUAAUAGUCUGACCAUAAACUUUAUGGUGUAACCACAAAUAUCAAGUUUUUCUCAUCACAGGCAUUAAUCCCAAGAGUGCUAAAAACAGAAAAUGUGAAGUAGUGUUCCUGUUGACUUCAGGCUGAAGCUGCUUCUGUUGCUUAUCAGUUUAGCUUUUUUGUGAAGUCCUUCUUGAUUUUAUUCUGGUAUUUAUUACACCAUCAGUGACAUCUUAGUUCCAUAUCAGAUUCUUACAGCCUUAAGAAAACAAAGUAAAUAGGGCACUGCUUUUUGGUGCAGGUAGGUAAAAUGCUUAAAACCUAAGUAGUGACUGCAGUCAGUUUUAUGAAGUGUGCCCUUUGUCACACAUUGCUUUACACAUCAGCCAGAAAAUAUGGUUUGUGAUAUUAUUUUGAGUGUGACCAAAGCCAGUAAAUAAGUUAGUGUUUCAGGACUGUCAUUCAAAUGUACCUUAAAAUGCCGUGUGAUAUGGCCAGUAACAAAAAUCAAAGGGCAUCACUGCAAGUGAUAAUCCAACUUCCAUCCCAGAGAUGGUCCGAGUAGGUAGUUACAAUACUCUCAUUGUAAAUCAGUUGAGAUAUUGCCACAUUAAAUGUUCUAAUGGCAGUUCACCCCGUAUCCCUGUCAGAUGACAUAAGAAAGACAAAAGUCAGAACCAUAUCAGAGUGGCAGUCCCCUACUUGGCCUUUUUUGGGUAUAAUAAAUUAGUAAAUAAUAAUAAUAAAAACACACAGAAGCUUUCUGGGGCGUUAUUACUAGAGAAAAUGUCAAGAUAUGAGAAAAUAUUGUUUUUGAGUUUUUUUGGGGGGGGUAUGGUUGUCUUUUAAGGAAUAUAUUUUAUGUCUUAGUAAGCAGAGUAGGCACUGUUGAAAUAUCUGUAUAGCAGUUUCAAGCAAAUUAUAAAUUCACGCUUAGUUGAUUAUCUUCUCCUCUAUGGCAUUCUUUACUUCUCGUGUUUUUAUACCUUUUAAAGGGAAGACAUUUAGUUUCCGUUAGUUAUAUUUACUUUCCUCAGAGACUUCUAGGUUCUAGAACCAUUAUAUAUUGUGUGUUAUUUUUAUUGCAGUUGAAAGAAUGAUUAUAUUUCAUCACAAGUAUUCUAAAGUAAAAAUAUAUGGGAGGCACUUUUUUCAUUUCAGAAUGUAUUUCAUAUAAUAUUGAUUUCAAAAUGUAAAGUAAAUGAGCGUUUUGGUAAAAGUAAGGACAUUGGUUGGCUUUAAAUAUAAACAGGGCAACACUAUUAUACUGUGAAAUAAGCUGCUGCCUUUAAGUUUAGUGUUUAUUUGCAUACAGACUAAACAUUAAUCCUUACAGUUAACUAGUUGUGAACCUUUUCUGAAGGCCCCUUUGGCUUUUACAUGUGGUGGGAUUCAGUGUCAGUUUCUUUAGCUUCUGGCUGCAUUUGCAUUGUCUAUUUCCUGUAAAAGAUGUGUAUAAAAAUACUUAACAAAAUAUGAUCUUGAGUAGCACAUUAACAUUAUUCACCGCCAUUUUAAAUCAGCUCUCUACCAGUUGUACUCUUGUUCACUCCCUUUAAAGCAAGUGCACAUUACCUGUCUUGACAACAGCCUGCAAACAGUCCCAUCCCAGUGGUGUUACAUCUGUCCUUCUGUGGGAUUAUUCCUCCCUCAGCAUGUAGGAGCUGAAGUAAAGUGACACAUGUAUGCAGUGAAAUGCACCUUGCCUUUAUUUAGCUUUAUUUGUUGUAAUCUUCCACCUUUCAGUGAAUUUUGGUUAUAGAAGCAAAAUAUAUUUUUCCCAUUUUUGAAAUGCUUAGACAAGUUAUUUAUGGUCUAAACCUAUAACCUGUGCUUUACAAGCAUUUGUAUAACACAUAAAAACAGUUGCACUUAAUUUUGUAAGGUAAUUAUAUCUUGUAACAAGGGUAUGUAAUGUACUGAGAAGUUUUCUUUCAGAAAAAGUUGGUUUGUCAGGUUAUUUGUACAUUCAUUAAUAUAGAAUGGCAGGUUGAAGGUAAAGCAUAGGUGACUGAAUUCAAGAAAAUAUUCAUCUUUCCAGUUGAUAUUUUCUUGGCUGACAUGUAAUACAAAUUGAAAACGUUUGAGAAUUGUUUACAGAUGUGUUGUAAGUGAUUAAAAAAAAUAGGUAUGACUAUGAGGAACUGUUAAAAACACUGUUGUACACCUGCAGGUUCUGGCAUUUGUAAUAAAGCUACUUCUGUGUAGUUUAAGUAUUAGAAACAUGAAAAAGAACUCUUCCUUUGAAAUCCUCUGAGUAAAUCCCUGGAGUGACACAAGGAUGUGCGACCCUUCGUUUAAGAGUCACAGAUUAUUACCUGGACUAUCACUAGUUCCACUCAGAGACAGACAUGUACCUUAGCAGGCCAGAUGCAGCUUGUGUUUUUUUUUAUAUGUAUUUCUUUAUCUGCUAUUAAACUUUCCUAUGUAUUUUUUUAAAUAGUUGCAGCUGCCACAUUGGGAACUUCUAUCAUUCAGCUAUUGUAUGUAUAGUUUUAAAACUACAUACUUAUUUAUAUUUGCCAUGUGUUUUGAUAUCUUAACUGCAUACAAGUGAUCCAAGUUGAAAAUACUCCCAAUACCAUUCAUCAGAUGAUGACAGACCCUUAAGUAGUAGAGGUGAAUCAGUCACUCAGUCAAGACAGGGUCAGAUAGAGUGCCCAGAAGAUCUCACCUGUCAAAUAAAAAAAUAAGGUGGUCAUAAAUGUCUUAAGACACAAUGUAGACAAUUAAAACAUAAGCCAAUAGGUUAGCUUGCUUUGUCUGCUCAAGUACUGAGGUAGGAUUUAUUUUGUUUGCUUUGUUAAAAUACUGCUGUCUGUAUGUGGAAGUGAUUCUGUUACCCAUGUAACUAUGUUAGUGUAACUACAUCUUUAGAUAUAUUACCUGAAAGCAGUGAAUCAGGCUUUUUGCAGUCAAUGUUCUCAUUAAUUCUAGCUUCAGAACAUAUUUCUUUAUUUGCAUGGUAUCAAGCUUGACACUUGUUUACCCCUCACAGCUUCACAAUAUUAUGCCUACUGAACUGUGACCUGUUGCUAUACGAAAUUUGCAAAUAAGUUAAGUUUGCUGCCAGUCCAAACACUUUAAAUACAUUAUGUGUUGAUUGGUGAUCAUUUGUAGGCAGAAAGAUGAUUUUAGGUUCAGAGCUACAUACUGUUACUCAGAGAUGAAUAAUUCCAUGCUUUCCUUCUUUUGUACUGUGUCACAUUACAUGUUUCUUGUUUUAAUUUUCUGGCAAUUUUUUGAAUGCUUUUAAGAACAUCUUCAGAGAUAAAAGAAAAUUUGUCCCGUGUAUUAGAAAAAAGACCAUAAAAAGCUCCAGGAUGCUUUUCACUCCAUUUUUUCAUAGACAUGGGGGACUGCAUGUAUGCAUUUGCAUACUUGUGUUAUCUAGGAGGAAAAUAUUCUCAAGGAAGUGUCUUGUAGUUCACCAAGUUGUUGUAUAGAACUUUAUUAAAGCAGGUAGUUCUGUAAACAGUAAUAUAUUAUCUUUACAUGUAAAAGUACAACCCAGAAUUUAAGAUGCACUGCUGCCGGCACAAAUAGUGUGCAGAUAGCAGUAUUAUCCUCAGGAAUUACAGAAUGAAUGAGUGCAAAAAGAGUUUUCUCUUAAGAGGGACUUGAAUAUAUCUAAUGUUCCAAAAUGAAAAUUUCAGCAUGUUCCAAGGAAUGCAAACCUGAAAUAAACUUGAUUAAAUUGGUUUGAAGCAGGAAGGUAACAUUUAUUAUGCUCAUGCAAGGAAAAUAUCUGUAGAAAUGAAACUGUAUUGCAUUAAGGCACUCUGAUAGAACAACAAAGAAUGAUCUGAAACCCCAAACAGCAGUACUCAACCUACUCUGGACCUUCAGCAGCCCAAAUUAGAAUGAAUACAUCAGUAAACAGAAUGCAAGUUUGUGAUUAAUGCCAGUCACCUAAUUAAGUUGACUAAGCACACAGUUCUAAAACCGUCCACACACAGUGGCACUCCUUAGAAAUCAACAGGCUGUAACAAGAUGCAUGCACUGGUCCCAUAAAAAUAUAAAAUAAACAUGAAUUUCGCUGAAAAUUUAAAACAUGAUAUGAGGAUUCUGCUUCUAAAAGCAGAUGAGGAGGAGGACUGAAAAUCAAAGCUUCAACUAGAUAGCAGGGCAUCUUAUAUUAGUUCCUGAUUGAUAUGCGUACAGAGCUAUUUUCAGCAGUUCGUUGUACAUUAGUACUCAUCGAUAUUUGUUUGGUCUCCUUAGUGAAAUUAUGUUUAUAUUUUAGAUCUUUGUUUUUAUAUAUUUCUACACAUUUUAAUAUUGAUGUUAUUCCUUAUUGUAUAAUCCUAAAGGGGGAAAAAAUAUAAAACAAGGAGUAGAGAGAAAUUCUUAGUGAGGCAUUGACUUCCUUAGCAAAAUGUUAUGAUGAUUGAAAUGUAACAAAAGCAGUGUUGCCAGAUGAUUGAAAAAUAACCUACAGGGCUUCUUAAACUAGCCCCAAAAUAGCCCAAUAGUUCAGCACAAAGUGAAAACUGACAAAAUAUUUGCAAUUUCAAUUGCAAUUUUGUUCAACACUUGAUACAGUUACUACCAAAGCUUAGAAAAUGCAAUUAAAGCAGUUUAUAGUCUUACAAUAACGAUAUAAAUGAGUAACAAACUAAGAAAAAAUACUGAAGCUUCCAAAACAAAAAUGCAUGAAACCCAGACUCUCCACAAAGUACUCAAAUCACGACUCUGAUAAAACGUAUAAAAAACGUAAAAAAAUUUUAAUUUAAGUGCGUUAAAAUGGCGGUACACUUUUCGUCAAAACCAAUGUCUUAACUUCUUCAGAAACUUUAACAAUACCAAAGGACUAUUAUUUAAAGUGUGGCAGUAACAAGCACAUAAUAAUCCAAUUAGUCCUUAAAGUUGUAUACUGGAAUUUUAACGUAACCAGUAGUCUUACAACACUUUUAUUUAUUUAUGUACCCUACUAAAAUACUAUGCCCACUUGGGCUGACAUGCUUUUUAAACCUUUAUUUGCAUUUAAGAACAUAUCAAAUAAUAUAAACACUGAACAUCUCCAUACAGUUAACAAUGCUGUAACCUAA